AUGACAUCAGCAGCUACAACAAUCGGCGCCUCUGAUACUACUACACCAACUACAACAACAACAACAACAACAACGACGACGACACUUUCAUUUCAUGUCAAAGGGGGCACGGGAAAAGCAACAAUUUUUGAAGUAUCAUAUCAUACACGCUACGAAAAACAACAAAUAGAUAUAACAGCAGCUGAAACAAAACGUGAACAAAUGCAAGAGCAAGUACACGAUUUAGAUAAUGAUAUUGCACAACGUCAUCAGGAGUUAGAUCGAACAAAUAAAAAUAUUAAUUAG